CUGCAAUCCCACCAGCCUCAAUGGAGGAGGGAGGGGAAAGCCUGAGACCAAAGCAGUCAGGUUGCUGACCACCUGUGCCUCUGAAAAGGGGAGAAAAGAUCCCCUUCUUUGAUGAGAUGCACAGUAAAAGCUCCAACACACAAAGUUGCUCAACUUCAAUGCUAUCACUUCACUCUCGCACCCACGUCAGGUAAAUAAGCAGUUCGUGAAUUGAGCGUGUUGCUAUGAAUUCCAUCUUCACUUCGCCUCCUCACAUUCGCUUUUCUGAAAAGCUGCUGGUGUUUUCUACACCCGUGUCCACUGUCCCUUGCACAAUACUAUGAACUCAUGAUCACUCGAACCAAGAUCAAAAAUGUCAGACCAAUCAUUGCUGAGAAGAUCAAAGGUUACGCGCCGUCCACCAGGCAACUGUCCGACGGGAUCUCAGUCCACCGAUGUGUCGAUGUCACUUGCAAAUGCAACAGCCAGUACGUUCCUCGGUGGCCACCAGAGGUCUUGGAUGCAAGGUCCCUCUGCAACAGCUCCAAAUCACACCUCCCAGACUCCUCUGAGUCCCGUAAUAUCAAAAUCUCCCAAAAAAUCCAACGAUAAAGGUGCUGAGGGAACGAAUUCUGAUAUAGCCCAGCUGCUAUCGCCACGAUCCCCUCCCAAUGAGGAGCCGUUAUUACCCGUCCCCGCAACAGAACCACAGCCCCCGACUUACUCUCCAACUCAAAUGCCGUUGCGUCCCGAAGCUAUGGCUGCGUCGCAUUCCUCGGUCGUGAUUGUGUCGCGGUCCCCAGAGUACUCCGGACUUCCUACUCCGCGUGAUUUCCAGACAGCUCCUUCGCCAGCUCCUCCGCGAAAUAAACCUGGAGCUGGAGCCACAAUCAAUGAUUCUCUCCUGGAGUCCAAUGUCACCAAUGACAAGUCAGCAAAUCCCCGACCAGACUCGACCAAUUUGCACCGUAGCACGCCCAAUAACGAUCCAGUGCCUGCUACAGCCACGACCCAAAGUCCACCUCUAGGUCACGUAUCCCACGGGAAUAAGCGCAUGCGGACCGGUGAGACCAUUUCGUCCAACGCAACAGCCCCUGUCCAGCCCGCAGAAUUCACCCAAUCAGGCAUCCGGGUGCCUGCCAAUCAGCCUCCGGUUCAUAGUCAGUCUGUGGAGGACCGUCCAGUUUUCUCGGUACGAGCGGGACCAGAGUCCCAUCUGAUAACAGGUUAUGUCGAUCAGGGUAUCUCUCGCAACAUAGAGUUUUUGAAAUCUAAAGCCACACCUCAUGAGCGUGGCCGCGUGGAAACACUACAACAGGCUUGCAACACACAUGACCUUUUCUUCCUUGCUCUUCACCAGAUACUUUGCCUGUAUCUUGUGUCCCCAGACUUUCUUCAUGGUCUUCCAGGCUUUGGACCGGAUCAACUUGCUGGAUUGUUAUCAAUUAAAGACGACUGGUUUGCACAGGGUCGAUAUUUUACUCCUUUCUUGACCUUAUGCUGCAAGUUUCCUAGAGCCUUCCUGGAGCUCAUGCAUAACAGCCGAGCAUACAUGCAAUCAAUAGAGUCAGUUUUUUACUGUCUCCCCCUCUUGGCAAAGGGGUGGUCAGCUUUUGUGAAUACUAUUAUUCAGCGCCGAUAUCCUCCGCUCAUUGAUGAGCUAGUGUCCAAAUUCGGAGUACCAUCGACCCUUAUUCAGCACUCGCUAUUCAUUAAAUGCUGUAAGCUCAUAAGCUCAAAUCGUGUUACGGAAUGGUCGCGCAGGGUUGAAACUAUUUUUAGACAAGACAGAGCUUAUUAUGAUGCACGGCUUGCCAAUUCACUGGCUGGGAAGCCUGUACCAGCGCAGCAGGCUCAUAAGGAAAACGAGGGUAUUGUGCGCGAGUAUCAAAAGGCUUCCUCGCUCCUCGAGAAGCCCGCCGGACCUGGUGCUUCAGAAACUACGAAUCUUACGUCCAUUUCCACUACUUCAACCCCUGCAAAUGUCCAUUUCCAGAGUGCGGCGCCCCCUACACAGGCUCAGUUCCCUCAAACAUCCUAUCAACACCGUCAAACUAUCCCUUCCACCCAGCCUCAGGCUCCACAGCAAGCCGAGAUGCGAAUACCGCAAGGUCAGAACCUUCAAUAUUCUUACAUUGUGCACCCGCGUAAUGGAGUACGGUUCCAAUAUAUUCCCAAUGCUGCCUUCCAACAAAAGCGUACAAUCGGACUCAGACAGCAUUCAACCCGUGUUGCGCCCGGGCAUACGAUUCCAGCCCAACCUCAGAUCCAGCAUCCACCCAGUGGCUCCAUAAGGGCUAAUUCUGGAGUGGCGGUGGAACAGCACCUACAGCAUGCACCCCAAAUCGCGCCUCAACAUGGACAUUCGAACCAAUGCCAGUGUACAAUCAGCGGCAUCAGGCAAGGCAGUUUCAGGGCAGGGGCUCAGCCAGCUCUGGCACUCCAGAGUUUGACAGUUCCCCAACCCGCAAAUGUGACACAGUAUUCCCACGGACUUAGUUCUGCCUCCCCGCAGUUUGUCCUAUCAAGCUCUCCCAUGCCGGUAGCUCCGAAUAUGCCUAUUGUGGUUCAAGCUCCUCAGCGUGUCCCCGUCACCACGCAUUCGCGCUCUUUCCCCAACCCGCCUCCUGUGAGGCCCACGCCGUUGCUUCCUCCCCAAGGAGCUAUCACAGCAGAGUUAUCAAAUCCACAUCCUUACUUAGUCGGGCUACACCAGAUGCACUUGAGGGUGAAUACCCGGGAGUUAGUCGACAAUCAAAGUGCUGAUCCUUCGAAACUUCUCUUGACCUACAUCCACUCUUUUGCCCUUCCUCCUUUCCGCCUUGGAAGUCGAAGGAUUAAUUUCUCCGGCAACAUAAAAUUAACCUCAGAAGAUUUUCAGAGACUUCCGGUCCGAAAAUCGUCACCGGAACAAGGCUCUCCUGUGGAAUUUCAUACGUCGGGAACCCGUUCUUACCAGCUGAAAUGUGUCAGGAUUAAAUCAGCCGCAGAGGGGAUAUCCGGUGGAGAGUGGGCGUCGAUGGACUGCUGCUGGCCCAAUGCGAUAUACAUUCAUGUUAAUGACACGGAGCACUUUGUCUGUCGCAAGUUCCACAAUGGCAAGGAUUUGCCUGUUAACAUCUCCUGCUCUCUGAGACCGGGUGAUAACAAGAUCGCUCUAACAAUUUUGCGCAAACCGGAGGAAUGCACCUCGAUUUCCUACGCUGCUGCUAUAGAGGUCCUUGAAACCAAGGAGCGUGGUUCGUUACGAAACGCUAUUGAGGUUCUCCCGAAAGCCACCGCUCUCAACCGUAUCAUCAAAAAGCUUCAAGAUGCGAUUGCCAAUGACGAUGAAGUCGUUAUUGUUGACGAUUAUAUUGCAAUUGAUUUGGUUGACCCUUUUAUGGCCCGUAUUUUUGAAACUCCUGUUCGUGGCAAGCUCUGUUCGCACUGGGAAUGCUUCGAUCUUGACACUUUCCUCGCCACUCGUCCUACAGGUACUGGACACAGUAUGGCGGAAAAUUGGAAGUGUCCAAUAUGCCGCAAAGAUGCACGGCCUCAGUCAUUGCUAAUAGAUGAAUUCCUUCUUGACAUCCGUUCUCAGCUGGUUCAGAAAAAUCAGCUUGAUGAAGUAAAGGCCAUUCUGGUCAAGCUGGAUGGUACUUGGAUUCCGAAAACCGAAUCAGACCAGCAAUCGCCGGUAACACACAAGAAGGAGACCAGCAUUCCUGGGAUCGCCGCCCCUGAAUUUAGGAACCCCCAAACGUCAAUGAAAAGGCCAGCACCGGAGAUUAUCGAAAUCGAUUAA